AUGGUCCUGGAGGAGUCAGACCGGGAGGUGUUGGCUCAGGUGGAAUUGGUUCAGGAGUCGGACCAGGAGGCAUCAGACCAGGAGGAGCUGGCUCAGGUGGAAUUGGUCCAGGAAUUGGGCCAGGAGGAGUUGGUCUUCGUGGAGUGGGAAAAGGCAAAUAUGGAGCAUAUGGCAGUGCUGGAAGUCUUUAUCCUGGACAGAAACCACCAAAAACUGGAGUCAGACCUGGUGGUUCUGCAAUUGGCUUUGGAGCUGGAGUUGGUCCAGGUGGUGCAGGUUCCAGCCCUGGUGGAGCUGGAUUUGGCCCUGGUGGAGCUGGAUUUGGCCCAGGUGGAGCUGGAGUUGGUCCAGGUGGAACUGGAGUUGGUCCUGGUGGAGCUGGAUUUGGCCCUGGUGGAACUGGAUUUGGCCCAGGUGGAGCUGGAGUUGGCCCAGGUGGAACUGGAGUUGUUCCUGGCGGAACUGGAGUUCGCCCUGGUGGAGCUGGAUUUGGCCCUGGUGGAACUGGAGUUGGCCCAGGUGGAGCUGGAUUUGGCCCUGGUGGAGCUGGAGUUGGCCCUGGUGGAACUGGAGUUGGCCCAGGUUGGACCAGGUGGAGCUGGAUUUGGCCCUGGAGGAGCACCUAUAUUGCCACAAUCUGGAUUACCAAGUACAGGAACAGGUUCUGGACGCAAAUUUGGCAAGACAGGGAAGGCACCGGUACCAGGUAUUAAUAUUCCUGGGUUGUACCAGGGUGGUAUUGUUCCUGGACAAGGUUUUGGUGGUCAAGGUGUCCUGCCAGGCGUAGCUUCAGGAUCUCAGACUGCUCAGCUUGGUCAAGGUGGACUUGGAGCCAAUGGUGGUCGUGGAAGCUUUGCUGGACAACAGUUACCAGGAGUGUUUCGUGGAUACCCUCUCAUUUCACCAAAGUCUGGAGUACCAGGCUCAGCUAAGUCUCAAGCUAAAGCUGCUAAAUAUGCAGCUGGACUUGGUGUAGGAGCUGGUGUAGGUGGUGUACCAGGUGCUGUUCCUGGAGCAGGUGGUGUACCUGGUGCUGUGCCUGGUGCUGUUCCUGGAGCAGGCGGUCUGGUGUUGGUGCUGUACCUGGAGCAGGAAGUGUACCUGGUGCUGUACCUGGUGCUGUCCCUGGAGCGGGUGGUGUACCUGGUGUUGUGCCUGGAGCAGGUGGUGUACCUGGAUUUGGUGCUGCUCCUGGAGCAGGUGGUGUGCCUGGUUUUGGUGCUGGUCCUGGAGGCUUGUAUCCCAGUGGUGCUGGUACCUAUCCGGGAGGAGCAGGAGCCAAAGCAUGGAAGUAUGGUGCUGGAGGAUUGCCAGCAGGUUCUGGUCUUGGAGUUGGUGGACUUCCUGGGUUUGGUCUUGGACCUGGUGGGCUUCCUGGGUCUGGAAUUGGAGCUGGUGGAGUUCCUGGGUCCGGAAUUGGAGCUGGUGGACUUCCUGGGUCGGGACUUGGAGCUGGUGGACUUCCUGGGUCUGGAAUUGGAGCUGGUGGAUUUCCUUGGUCUGGAAUUGGAGCUGGUGGACUUCCUGGCUCUGGAAUUGGACCUGGAGGUGCUGGAGGAUUGCCAGCAGGCUCUGGUCUUGGAGCUGGUGGACGUCCUGGCUCUGGAAUUGGAGCUGGUGGACUUCCUGGGUCAGGAAUUGGAGCUGGUGGACUUCCUGGGUCAGGAAUUGGAGCUGGUGGACUUCCUGGCUCUGGUCUUGGAGCUGGUGGACUUCCUGGCUCUGGUUAUGGAGCUGGUGGACUUCCUGGGUCAGGAAUUGGAGCUGGUGGACUUCCUGGGUCUGGAAUUGGAGCUGGUGGACUUCCUGGCUCUGGAAUUGGAGCUGGUGGACUUCCUGGGUCAGGAAUUGGAACUGGUGGACUUCCUGGGUCUGGAAUUGGAGCUGGUGGACUUCCUGGCUCUGGAUUUGGACCUGGAGCUUGGAGGUCCUGGUGGUGCUUUAGGUGCUGGAGGAUUGCCUGGAGGAAUUGGGACUGGUGGACUUCCUGGGUCAGGAAUUGGAGCUGGUGGACUUCCUGGCUCUGGUCUUGGAGCUGGUGGACUUCCUGGCUCUGGUUAUGGAGCUGGUGGACUUCCUGGGUCAGGAAUUGGAGCUGGUGGACUUCCUGGGUCUGGAAUUGGAGCUGGUGGACUUCCUGGGUCUGGACUUGGAGCUGGUGGACUUCCUGGGUCUGGACUUGGAGCUGGUGGACUUCCUGGGUCUGGACUUGGAGCUGGUGGACUUCCUGGCUCUGGUUAUGGAGCUGGUGGACUUCCUGGGUCAGGAAUUGGAGCUGGUGGACUUCCUGGGUCUGGAAUUGGAGCUGGUGGACUUCCUGGGUCUGGACUUGGAGCUGGUGGACUUCCUGGCUCUGGACUUGGACCUGGAGGAUAUGCUGGAGCCAAAGCAAGAAAAUAUGCUCAGCUUGGAGGUCCUGGUGGGGCUUUAGGUGCUGGAGGAUUGCCUGGAGGACUUGGAACUGGUGGGGUCCCUGGAAUUGGACUGGGAGCUGGUGGAAUUCCUGGAUCUGGUCUCGGAGCUGGAUCACUUCCUGGGUCUGGAAUUGGAGCUGGUGGACUUCCUGGUUCAGGGAUUGGAGCUGGAGGACUUCCUGGCUCUGGUCUUGGAGCUGGUGGAUAUGCUGCAGCCAAAGCAAGAAAAUAUGCUCAGCUUGGAGGUCCUGGAGGGGCUUUAGGUGCUGGAGGAUUGCCAGGAGGACUUGGUGCGGGUGUUGGAGGGCUGCCUGGUGGAGGGCUUGGACCUGCUAUUGGAACUGGAGUAGGAGGUGCUGGUGGUGCCCAAGGAGGACCUGGUUCAGGAUUUCAGCCUGGAAGUGGACUAAGACCAGGAGGGACAACUGGUGGCGGACCAGGUAGUGUGCCAGGUGGUGGCCUUGGACCUGGAGGUGUACCUGGUGGUGGCCUUGGACUUGGAAGUGUGCCAGGUGGUGGCUUUGGACCUGGAGGAGUAUCUGGUGGCAGUCUUGGACCUGGGGGGUAUGCUGGAGCCAAAGCUCGCAAAUAUGGAUUCCCAAGUGGAACAGGUACUGCUGGAGCAGGAUUGCCUGGAGGAUUAGGAGGGGUACUUGGUGGUGGAUUAGGACCAGGAGUACCAGCUGGUGGUUUUGGUACUGGAGUGGCACCAGGAGGUGGAGUAGGAACUGGCAGUGUACCAGCUGGAGGAUAUGGUCCUGGUGGAGUACCUGGGGGAUAUGGUCCUGGUGGAGUACCUGGGGGAUAUGGUCCUGGUGGAGUACCUGGGGGAUAUGGUCCUGGUGGAGUACCUGGGGGAUAUGGUCCUGGUGGAGUACCUGGGGGAUAUGGUCCUGGUGGAGUACCUGGAGGAUAUGGUCCUGGUGGAGUACCUGGGGGAUAUGGUCCUGGUGCAGUACCUGGGGGAUAUGGUCCUGGUGCAGUACCUGGGGGAUAUGGUUCAGCAUAUCCAAGUGGAUCAAAGGCACUUAAAUAUGGUCAGGCUGGACGUGUUACUCCAUCUGGGGUAGGUGGGCCUGCUCAAGGAUAUGGAACCGGAGCAGGAUCUGUUGGUGGAUAUGGCCAGGGCACUGGAUUGAGUCCUGGGGCUGGAUAUGGACUUGGAGCAGGCAGUGUACCAGGAGGAACAGGAUUCAGAGGAGGGCCUACAGGAUAUGGACCAGGUUCAAAAGCUGCUAAAUAUGGGCAAUUAGGAGCAGGAGGAGUACUUGGCACUGGAACAGGAGGAGUAGCAAGCACUGGACAGGCUGUGCCUGGGGGCUUUGGAGGUGCCGCUGGAUCUCCAUUUGGUGGAGUUCCUGGCAGUGGACCGGGCACCGGUCUUGGAAGCUUUGGAGGAUAUGGAUCAGGAGGAAAGCCACCAAAAUAUGGUCAGCCUGGUUUUGGAACUGGAACUGUUUUAGGUGGAGCAGGGUCAGUGCCUGGUGUUGUUGGAGCUGGAACCACAACCACAGGAAUAGGGACUGCAACUGGUACAGGCACUGCUGUUGGGGCAGGAGGGGUACCAGUCACUGGAAGCAAGGCAGACAAAUAUGGAGUUCCAGUCGUCACAGGAGGAGCAACAGGAGGAACAAGAGUUCCAGGCAGUAUACCAACAGCAUCAACGGCUCAGAGGACCAAAACAGAUGUUGAUGGAGCUAUUAAGCCUGAUAAUGACUCUACAGAAGGACCAGGUUCUACUAAGGCCCCUAGGUUGGGGGAAACAGGAGUCUUAGAGGGAUCUGGAAGUUCUAUUGGUGGUGCUCCAGGUGAAGGAGUUAGCAGUGGUCCUACUGAUGGGGACGGACUUGAUGGAGUUACUGGGACAGGAAUACCCAUCUUAGCUGGUGGUAGACCAGGUGGAGUAGGUGAUGAUCUUCCAGGAGCCAAACCUCUAAAACCUCCAGGUGGUGUCAUUCCUGGACGUGGUGAUACUCCAGGUAGAUUUGAAGAGCCAAGCGGAACUGACAUUGUACUGGACAGAGUUGAAGGUGGACCAGGUGGAGUCGGAGGAGGACCAGGUAGAGACGGAAGAGGACCAGGUGGAGUUGGAGGAGGACCAGGUGGAGACGGAGGAGGACCAGGUGGAGUCAGUGGAGGUCCAGGUGGAUUCGGAGGAGGACCAGGUGGAGUUGGAGGAGGACCAGGUGGAGACGGAGGAGGACCAGGUGGAGUCGGAGGAGGACCAGGUGGAGUCGGAGGAGAACCAGGUGGAGUCAGUGGAGGUCCAGGUAGAGACGGAAGAGGACCAGGUGGAGUUGGAGGAGGACCAGGUAGAGUCGGAGGAGGACCAGGUGGAGUCGGUGGAGGACCAGGUGGAGUUGGAGGAGAACCAGGUGGACUUGGAGCAGGAACAGGUGCACAGGACACAGGAAGACCAGGCGGAGUUAGUACCAGUCCUGUAGGUGGAACAAUUAAACCCCCCAAAGGAUACGCUAGUACUGCUGGAGGACUCCUUGGUGGUAUCGGAGGCCCAGGUGGAGUUACAGGGCCGGGAGUGACAACGGGAACUGGCUUUUUACCUGGAAGUAGCAGUCAACUGCCAGGAGGCACAGGAACAGGAACUGGAGGUCAAAGGUUCCCAAGUGGAGCUGCUGUGGGAAGCAAAGGUCCUGGAUAUGGCCCUGGAAAGGCAGCUAAAGGCUACUGGGGAACUGGAGCACUGGGUGGGGUGGGAGGCUCAGGAGCACUUGGAGGAGUUCCUGGAGGGGUUGGCACUGGUUUAGGGGGUGUUGGUGGAGGUCCUGGUGCAGCUGGUGUUGGUCUGGGUGGUCAAGGAGGAGGUUUUGGCUACCCAGGCGGAGCAGGAUUAAGAGCUGGGAAACCUGGGAAAUCAGGAUUUGGCAGUUUGGGUGGAGCAGGAGGCCUAGGACUUGGAGGUACAGGUGGGGCUUUAGAAGGAGGUCCUGGAGGUGUAGGUGGAGGGCUAGCAGGCAUAGGAGGAGGAGUUGGUGGCCCAGGUCGAAUCUACCCAGGUGGUGCUGGACUGGGAGCUGGAGUUGGGAAGCCUGGUAAACCAGGGUAUGGCACUGGUGCCUUGUGGGGUCAAGGUUACCAACCAGGCAGUGGAGUGCCAGGAUACACUGGUGGUGGUGCAGGCGGCUACCAACAACCACUCCCAGGCUAUGCUGGAGCUGGACAAGGAGGAGCUGGAAGUGCACCACUUACACCUCAACAAUGUAGGUCAUUUCUAUUUCAAUUCUGCUCAUACAUGAGUCAAUGA